AUGGCUGUAGACGCGUCUCAAGAUGCCGCGUCGCUGCCAUAUCACGAGCCGGGCAUCGUUGUCAUUCUCGUGCUCACGUCUUUCCUCCUCCUCCUUAACGUCGUCAAUGCUGCUCUCGACAGGGUGCUGUACUGCGGUCUGCUGGGCCAGGUUUUGGUUGGCAUUGCAUGGGGCACGCCAGGUGCGAAGUGGCUAUCCGAGAGCUUAGAAGAGACGGUCGUGCAACUAGGCUAUCUGGGGUUGAUACUGCUUGUCUAUGAAGGCGGGCUUUCUACUUCGUUCCAAUCACUGAAGGCAAAUCUGCUUCUAUCUUCUGGCGUCGCACUCACGGGAAUUCUAGUUCCUAUCGGGCUCUCGUACACUCUGCAAGGCUUACUGGAUGCUAGCCCAGUACAAGCUUUCGCCGCUGGCGCUGCUCUAUGCUCCACCAGCCUGGGCACAACCUUCACGGUUCUCGGGUCGAGUGGCUUGGCUACCACCCGCCUAGGCGUUGUUCUCACAAGCGCCGCUAUGAUGGACGACGUCGUGGGACUAGUCAUGGUGCAAGUCAUCUCCAACUUAGGUGGCGACCACUUCAGCUGGGUAACAGUCGUUCGCCCAGUCUUCGUUUCGAUUGCUUUUGCGAUUAUCGCACCUCUUGUCUGUCUCUUCGUCGCGAAGCCUUCGACCGCAUGGCUGAACGCGUACCGCGAAGCUCACCCGGGCGCACAUCUGAGUGCCUUGCUACAGCGAACACAAACAGCCUUCGUGAUCCACACGCUGGUUCUCAUUGCUCUUGUCGCGGGAGCUACAUAUGCGGGCACAUCAAAUCUGUUCGCUGCGUAUAUCGCGGGAGCUAGCAUUAGUUGGUGGGACUCUGACGUGCCCCAUCCUACAAGCUUUCCAGCUACAAAUGCAGUAGAUGAGAAAAGACAGGCAACUGUCGGUCCAAUGCUUGAGAGCUCAGAAGGCUCGUCUCCCGAUGCGUCAAAGACCACAGCAGACCAAAAUCAAGGAGCAGUUCCGUCUCGACCCACCGACAUGGAGAGUGAAGAGCAUGUGGUUGCGACCGGUGGUGCAGCCAUCUACGAGCAGUACUACCAUCCCGCAGUGUCGAAGAUCCUACAACCGUUCUUCUUCGCAUCCAUCGGAUUCUCGAUACCCAUCACACGUAUGUUCAGGGGCGCGAUAGUCUGGCGAGGCAUCGUCUACGCUGUUCUCAUGACCUUCGCAAAGCUUGUGUGUGGUUUCUGGCUCGUUCGGUUUUCUAUAUCCCCAGGCAAAAAAGCGCCCCGCAGAAUUCUGUCCAAGGUGCGCCUGCCUUCGGUGCCUCACCUGUGGGGAAAGAGCGGCGGCGCACCUCCCGCGCAAGAAGGAAUCACUACAACGCAGGCAAGAGCUACCCCAUCGCGAAGCCGCCCGACAACUUCACCAAGUAGUACCGAAAGCGAGGCCCGAUCUUCGCCCAAUCCACCAAAGCCCUUUUCGCUGCACCCGCCACUGAUCCUCGCCUUUGCAAUGUGCGCUCGUGGAGAGAUUGGCUUCCUAAUUUCCGGUGUCGCCGAGUCCCAGGGCGUCUUUGGAGAGACUUCAGGCGAGCCAACCGACAUAUUUCUUGUCGUGACUUGGGCCAUCGUUCUGUGCACUAUCCUGGGUCCUCUGGCUGUUGGACUAUCCGUUCGCAGGGUAAAAGCACUCCAAGCGCGCAAGAACAAGGAACAGGAGGGCGCGGGCAGGGACGUUUUGGGCGUUUGGGGUGUAGAAUAG